AUGUCAUCCGAAAUCAUCUGGCCCAAGCCGUACCUCCCCGGUACCACCGACAACUACGUCUCCAACGAGAUCUUCGUCAAAGGCCUCACAGCCGAACAGAUCUGGCAGAAUCUCGCCGAUAUCACAAAAUGGGAGAAGUACUACGAGAAUGUCGGCCAGAUCACACCUCCUCUAUCCGGUCCGUGGUUGAAAAAGUCGGAUAAAUUCAGCUUCUCGACUUUUGGGUUCCCACCGCUACAAUCCGAGGUCUGGGAAUCUGUUGCGCCAACUGCGACUACACCUGGUCGUUUGGCGUGGCGUGCGUGGCAGGAAGGCGAUGAGGAGACUGCGUUGGAUGUGUAUCAUGCGUGGAUUGUUGAGAACAUGGAAUGGGGUGUUGUGCGUGUUCUUACGCAGGAAUCUCAGAUUGGAAAGCCGGCUGCUCAAUUGGCCGCUACUCAGCCGAACCCGAUGUUGCUGGGACAUCAGGACUGGCUCGAUGGCCUUGCAAAAUUCACCAAGGGAGAGCAAAAAUAA